AAGUGAAACCACGUGCCAAGUUCCGGUUACGCAUUCUGUUGUGUUAAUGGAUAGUUAUCGGCUCUACAGCCACUGGCUUAUUUACAUAUUUGAACAUGUCGUGCUAACUAUUUCUACUUUGGUUAGGCGAAAAAGCUUACUAGCAGUCAGCUACACAGUGCCAGAGCAUGCAAUUGAAGAAUCUUGUGAGAACGUGUUUAUUGUUUUUUUAUCCAGUUGUUCCAGUGCUUGCUUAUCUCGUCACGAUGAGUUUACUUAUUCGUAACCUCCAGAAGACGGUGCCGUUGCGUCGCGCCAGACUUCGCAGAGAUGUUGAGACCUUGAGGCAGAUUUUUGGUAUUAAAAAAUUUGACCUGGGGUUGAUCUGCGUGGAUAAUCGAAGAAUUCAACGUAUAAAUGAAAUGUACAGAGGAAAGAACAUGCCGACGGACGUCCUCUCAUUCCCCUUUUACGAGGACUUGGAGGCUGGGAAACUACCUGGUCAUCUGUGCAGAGAGGAAUUAGAUCUCGGAGACAUUUUCCUUGGAGUAGAAUACAUCAUGGAACAGUGCCGAGAUGAGUCCCGGGACUUCCACAGUGUGCUGCCUGUAAUCGUUGCUCAUGGCAUUUGCCACCUCCUUGGAUACAGGCAUGAAACCGAGGAAGAGUGGACACAGAUGUUCCAGAAAGAAAAGCACAUCCUAAAUGAGUUCAGCAGACUCACGGGAAACCAGCAGGAGCCGCUCACAAAAAGAGACGGUUAUGACACGUGAUUGAGCCGUGAAACAUGGAGACAGUUGAUGCCUAAUUUGAGAUGAGGAAUAUUUAAAUCAGAAAUUCAAGGGCAGACAGCCUGAAGAUAAGCGCUGCAGACGAAUACUUUAUCACAGGGAAACUUCAAAAUAUUGUAUUUAUUUUGACAGUUUUAUAAAUGUUUAAAAUAAAUUGUAAUGAAAUGGA